UGAAAGGCUAUAACGUCCCCCCAAUUUUGCUACAUAUGCGAAUCUGCCUCUCGACCUCCACCACCCACCGCCACCAACGCUUCCUUACUCUUUCCGGCAGCUUCGCAUGUCCACUAAGGUGCGCUUUCUGCGCAAAUCGCUCAAGGUACACUACUCCUUGUUUUUCUUCAAUCACAAUUUCCCUAAAACCCUAUACCCUAGUGUCGUGCACUUGUAUUCCUGUUAUUCAUACAUUUCGUAUUCUUCUUCCAACGCUAGUUCUACAACUAUUUGUUACCUUGAUCAAUUCUCGCCAUUUAGUAAUUUGAUUUCAAAUUCAAAUUCUUUGGCCUAUGUGAAUUCAAACGAACGCCGUAAAAUCGUUGUUGGAUUGUCAAAGAUAAUCAAACAAAAACAAGGUUACAUAUUGAAGGCUUUCUCUCAGAAAUUUUGUCCCCACUUAUUGGUAAAGAUCAUGAAACUAUUAGAAACCCGAGAAACAGCACUUGCUUUCUUCAAAUUUGUUUUUCAGGAAGAUUCUGAGGCUACACUUAGGUCCUGUUGUGUUGCUGCGCAUAUUUUAGCGGCAGAGGAUCUUCGGCUAUGGGCUCAAGAUGUGGUUUCACGGGUUUUUGGUAGAAUAGGGGCUGUUAGGAGUAGAGGUUUGGUGAAGUUUAUGUGGGGGAAUCAUCACGAGUAUGAGUCAGAUUUUUCUGUUCUGGAUACGCUUAUGAGGGUUUUUUUGAAUGUGGAAAUGGGUUGUGAAGCGUUGGAGAUUGUGCAUUGGAUGAGGAAGGUAGGUGCAAAACCGAGUUUGUCUGCUAUUGGCAUUCUUUUUAAAUUUCUUCUCAGGGUUGGUGAUUAUGGUAGUGUGUGGAAGUUGUUUAGGAGUAUGGUUCGUGAAGGCCCAAGACCAUCCAAUCGUACGUUUAAUAUGAUGAUUCUUGGGUUUUGCCAAGAAAGCUAUGUCCAAAUAGCAGAAAGUCUGUUACAUGUCAUGUGGAAAUAUUGGUGUGAACCUGAUGUUGUUGCUUAUAACAUUUUGAUUAAUGCGUAUUGUUCACGAGGCUUGACUUCUGAUGCACUCAAAUGGAUGCAACUUAUGAUUGAAAGAGACUGUAAACCGAGUGCUAUAACGUUUAAUACAAUUAUAAAUGCACUCUGCAAUGAGGGGAAUCUUUUUGAAGCAAGGAAAAUUUUUGAUGACACCCAAGAUAUGGGUAUUUCUCCAAAUGUUAUAAUGUAUAAUACCUUGAUGAAUGGAUAUGUCAAAGCCAGGGACAUUGAUCAGGCAAACAUGCUUUAUGAAAAAAUGAUGAACAGGGGUAUAGCUCCUGAUGGUGUAACAUUUAAUAUUUUGGUUGCUGGGCAUUACAAGUAUGGGAGAGAAGAAGAUGGUGAUAGAUUAUUGAGGGAUUUAUCAGUGUCGAGUUUGAUUCCAGAUCAUUCACUAUAUGAUAUUUCAGUUUCAGGGUUGUGUUGGGCAGGUCGGUUGGAUGAGGCCGUGAAACUGUUGGAGGAUAUGCUUGAGAAAGGUAUUCCUUUGAGUGUGAUUGCUUUUAACUCAAUCAUUGCAGCUUAUAGCCGAGAAGGGUUGGAAGAGAAUGCAUCUGAGGUAUAUAAAAUUAUGGUUAACUUUUGUCUAACUCCCUCAUCUUCCUCAUGUAGUUCUUUGCUUAUGGGCUUGUGCAAAAUGGGUAGACUGCAAGAAGCCUGGGAGCUUUUGCAGAAGAUGUUGGAAAAGGGUCUUCCAAUUGGCAAAGUGGCCUUUACAUUGCUUUUUGAUGGAUACUUCAAGCUAGGGGAUAUUGUGGGGGCUCAAAAUCUGUGGAAUGAGAUGCUAGGCAGGGGAUUAUAUCCAGACGGUGUUGCUUUUUCAGCCUUUAUUGAUGGGCUUUGCAAAACAGGUCAGGUGGACGAGGCUUAUGAUGUAUUUUUAGAGAUGUCAAGGAUAGGUUUUGUGCCAAAUAAUUUUGCAUAUAACUCUCUGAUUGCUGGGUUUUGUAACAGUGGGAGGCUGCAUGAAGCGUUGAAGUUACAGAAAGAAAUGAGGAAAAAUGGUCUCCUACCCGAUGUGUUUACUGUUAAUAUUAUUAUAAAUGGUUUUUGUAGACAGGGAAGAAUGAGGUCUGCAGUUGAUGCAUUUAUAGAGAUGCAUCGUGCUGGCCUGUCAGCUGAUAUUGUCACGUAUAACACACUGAUAGGUGGAUACUGUAAGGCAUUUGAUAUGGACAGUGCAGAGGAAUUUGUGAAGAAAAUGUAUACCAGUGGAUGGGACCCAGAUAUCACAACCUAUAAUAUACGCAUCCAUGGUUUCUGCAGUAGUCGAAAAAUGAAUCGAGCAGUAAUGAUGCUAGAUGAGCUUAUCUCAGCAGGCAUUGUUCCAAACACUGCGACAUACAACACUAUGAUGAAUGGUGUUUGCAGUGACAUAUUGGAACGUGCUAUGAUUAUAGCGGCAAAAUUGAUAAAGAUGGCAUUUGUUCCAAAUGUCAUCACAGCUAAUGUGCUAUUGUCUCAAUAUUGCAAGCAGGGAAUGCCUGAGAGAGCUUUGAUGUGGGGUCAGAAAUUGAGAGAGGUUUUCUUUGUUUUUGAUGAGGUAACCUAUAAAAUAUUGGACAGGGCAUACUAUGAUUUGCAAGAAAGUGCUGAUCUAAGUGAAGAAACAUCUGAGAAGAGCUUGUUUCUAGAUUUCCUCAUGUACAUUACUUAUGAAUACUUGUGCAGAAAUACAGUGCAUACAGAGGCUAGUCAUGGACAUCUUAAGCUAAUUGAAAAUGUUUGUCUCGGCUCUUGAAAGUUGGUUCAGAACCCUAAGGUGAAAUUUCCAAGCUGGUGAAUCCCUUUGGUCUUUGAAUCUGUUCUUGGCAAGAACCUCAAAUUAUCUGCCACUUGCCAUCACUUCAUCGAGAUUUCUUUAAAGCAACAGAGACUUUUCUUUCAAGUACUGGGAUUCCUCCAUUGGGGUUGUUGCAGAACAUUUCAGUUUGGUGAGAUUUGAGAGAAUUGAUGUCUGAAAUUUAUUGCAGAACAUGUCGGCUGAGGUGAUAUGUGGGAAUGCCUGAGAGAGCCUUGGUGGGGGUCAGAAAUUGAGAGGUUUCCUUUGAUUUUGAUGGGGUAAAAUAUAAAAUAUUGGCCAGGGGCAUAAUAUUAGCCAGGUUGAUUGACGUCGCAGCCUUCCUAUUUUGCGAUGCUCAUUAGAGACUUGGAUCAGUUAUUAUAACCUUCUUCUUUGAGAUGUAGAGAGUCAAAUGUAGCGUGGUGCUCUCUGCCUGCAGGAGUUAAGCUUUUUUAGUCACAGUCAUCGAAAUCGAAGUCAUUGGGGCAGAUCUUAAAGUGUCAUCUACCUGGUGGUCCUAGUCAAUGGAAUGCAAGGUAGCGGUCAUCUGCAUGAUGUGCUGGAUUGAGUAUUAUGAUGGAUAAAAGAUGUCUAAGUUGAUUCAAAAACAAAUGGGAGAGUAGGCAAAAAAGGCCAGUAGAUUUGUAGUCCAAGCGCUUAACAUGUAGAACAUUCCAGUCAUCACAGUAUGCAUAAUGGUUUGGAUUUUAACGGAUAACAAAUAGUUUGGCUGGUUGCUCAUGGAAUCAAGUUGUCUGCUAAGAUAUGCAUAUGAAGUAGUUUGGGAAGACAAGGUUUGUACACCUUUUAACACCACAUAAAUGGAGAAUCAAAGUUUCUGAAGGCAAAUAUGCCCAUUUAUCGUGAGCUUUGAGAGGAUUUAUGCAAAGGAAUAUCAUGCUCUUGUUGGUUUCAGGUUGAAAUUCCAUUGGAGUUGGAGUUUAUUGGGAUGGGAGAGCUGGCUUCUCAUCCAAAUCGACCAGAACAGUUUCCAUGUUCUCGAAACUUUUCCCAGAAGGAGCCUGGAGGAUUAACUUCAUCAUGUAGGCGCCUGCACUAUCCUAUUCCUGCUUCAAGCCUUCAAUGCCUCCACCACCUAACUCAUCUUCAUCAUGUUUCAGAGCCUGAUAGAAAAAGAGACUCUCUGUGCCACCUAACAAUGAAGAAGAUACAUGCCAUAUAUAUAUACACAAGUCUUUGCCACCUAACGCACCCAGUUUAGGUUUAGGACACAGGUCAUUGGUAGUGAAUGUGCUUUACUGAUAUGGGAAUUUGAAAGUAAAAUUUAUUAAAUAUAAGGGCAAACAUAAUUUAUUAUUUUUUGAGUACAUACAAAAUUUAUUAACA